AUGAUUUGCUACAAAAGCCUUUGGGGUCGCUUCUGUAAUUGGAUAACCAGCACUGAAAACCGUUUUUAUAUUGGAUGGUUUGGUGUUUUGAUGAUUCCUACUUUAUUGACCGCAACUUCUGUAUUUAUUAUCGCUUUCAUUGCUGCCCCUCCAGUAGACAUUGAUGGUAUUCGUGAACCUGUUUCUGGAUCUCUACUUUAUGGAAACAAUAUCAUUUCUGGUGCCAUUAUUCCUACUUCUGCGGCUAUAGGGUUGCACUUUUACCCAAUAUGGGAAGCGGCAUUCAUUGAUGAAUGGUUAUAUAACGGCGGUCCUUAUGAGCUAAUUGUUCUACACUUCUUACUUGGUGUAGCUUGUUACAUGGGGCGUGAGUGGGAACUUAGUUUCCGUCUGGGUAUGCGUCCUUGGAUUGCUGUUGCAUAUUCAGCUCCUGUUGCGGCGGCUACUGCUGUUUUCUUGAUUUAUCCAAUCGGUCAAGGAAGUUUUUCGGAUGGGAUGCCUCUAGGAAUCUCUGGUACUUUUAACUUUAUGAUUGUAUUCCAGGCUGAGCACAACAUCCUUAUGCACCCAUUUCACAUGUUAGGCGUAGCUGGUGUAUUCGGCGGCUCCCUAUUCAGUGCUAUGCAUGGUUCUUUGGUAACCUCUAGUUUGAUCAGGGAAACCACAGAAAAUGAAUCUGCUAAUGAAGGUUACAGAUUUGGUCAAGAGGAAGAAACUUAUAAUAUCGUAGCCGCUCAUAGUUAUUUUGGCCGAUUGAUCUUCCAAUAUGCUAGUUUUAACAACUCUCGCUCUUUACAUUUCUUCUUAGCUGCUUGGCCUGUAGUAGGUAUCUGGUUCACUGCUUUAGGUAUUAGCACUAUGGCUUUCAAUCUAAAUGGUUUCAAUUUCAACCAAUCUGUAGUUGAUAGUCAAGGUCGUGUAAUUAAUACCUGGGCUGAUAUUAUUAACCGUGCUAACCUUGGUAUGGAAGUUAUGCAUGAACGUAAUGCUCAUAAUUUCCCUCUAGACCUAGCUGCUGUUGAAGUUCCAUCUACAAAUGGAUAAGACUUUUGUAAAUGGAUAAGGCUUUUUUCUUAGUGUGUACGAGCUUUUGAAAAAAAAAGAGGAGCAAUCGCCAAUUUCUUGUUCUAUCAAGAGGGUUGGCAUUGCUCCUAAAAUAAAUUUUUUUUUUUUUUACUUUUGUAUUUCUUUCUUAUAAGACUUAUAAAAAAUAAAAAAGGUCAAAUUGAAUGUUAAAUGUUAGAAAUUCAAAUCUUGGUAAUUUGUAAAUAGAGUAUUAGGGGCGGAUGUAGCCAAGUGGAUCAAGGCAGUGGAUUGUGAAUCCACCAUGUGCGGGUUCAAUUCCCGUCAUUCGCCCAUGAACCCUGAAGCGGAUGCUUCAUAUGGGUUCUUUUUUCUCUUCUUUAUCAUAGGGUUUACUUUACCUCUUACUCUUAAUCUUAAUUCUUACUCUUAAAA